UAAUAUGGGACAACCCAAUGUGUGUGUAAUUUGUUUUGGGCGUUUUGGGUGUGUUUUUGAUUUAAGAAAUCCCAUUUUCUUUAAUUUUCCCGUGGAAAUUCUUUAAAUUUUGAGAAGAUGAACAUCCUGGUGUGCUUCCUGACCCUCCUAGCUGUUUUCCGCACAGUGGCCAGCAUCAGGUGCUACGUGUGCAAUGCCACGGACACCUCAUCACCCUUUCAAUGCGGAGAGCUCUUUGAGCGCUAUGACACACCCGAUAUUGAACCACAAGAUUGUUCAGAUGUCCAUGGGGCGCAGUACUGUGUGAAGCACAUCGGAAGAUUCGAAGUUGGGACCAUUUCUUGCUACCAGUGCUCUUCCGCGGAGACAAUGGAUUGUUCAGAUCUUAUGAUUAACCAACCUGACUCACCACUCCAACCUAUGCCGUGUGAUUCUGUCCACGAUGCGGAGUUUUGCGUUAAAUCGACAGCACUCUAUGGUGGAAUUGGGGCAAAGAGAUUCUGCUCGUCAAAAGAUUUGGGUAAUUACUGCAACUACGUGCAGAAUGUUGGUGAUCGUAUGGAGUAUCGAUCGUGCAUCUUUACCUGUUCAACUGAUGGCUGCAACCUCUCCAGCACAUUGAGAUCAUCUCACGUCUUCAUUGCCAUUUCCACUGUAAUCAGCCUCGUUCUCUUUCUAGCCUAGAAAAAGAAACCUUCCGCCACUAGAUUCCACAAUGAGAGACUUUGACGAAUCCACCCAUAGGAUCAUUAUAUCCACACGUUCCGUCCAUUUUGUAUAUUUUUUUUAAGAAGAAAAGAAAAUGCGUGCU